AUGGUUUCUCAAUUAUUCGAAGAAAAAGCUAAAGCCGUCAACGAGCUACCAACAAAGCCCUCCACUGAUGAAUUAUUAGAAUUGUAUGCUCUGUACAAGCAAGCCACAGUCGGUGAUAACGACAAGGAAAAGCCAGGUAUAUUCAACAUGAAGGACCGCUACAAGUGGGAGGCCUGGGAAAACUUAAAAGGUAAAUCCCAGGAAGAUGCCGAAAAGGAAUACAUUGCUCUUGUUGACCAAUUGAUUGCCAAGUACUCCUCUUAG